GUAAAUAGUCUCAUAUCAUGAUAAUCGCCAGAAUCUUCAAUACUGUGAAAUAUUUCUGCAGACUUUGGUAACAGCUAUACCAAUUGGCUUCAUAGAAGUACUUUCACAUUCACCACCACAGCCAGUGUAGAAUUAAAACCACCGGACAUCCGGUAGAAACCCCCACAUCCGAGGUCCUUUCCAUUCUCAAGACAUCUACCGGGAAAUUCUACUGAGAAUCGCUUGCCCUUUCUUCACUUAUCCCAAUCUACCCAUCUAUUCUAAACUUUCAUUAUUCGUUCCAAGAUGGGAUCACAAACCCCUCCCAAUGCAUUGGAUACAUCGGUCACAGAACUUUGGCGGCAUCCUGAUCCAACCUCAACUCGCAUGUACGAAUUCAAAGAGAUCGUUAACAAGAAAUAUAAUUUGAAGUUGGAGAGUUAUGAUGAUUUGUAUCAGUGGUCUAUUGGGAAUAUAGCUGAAUUUUGGGGGGAGACAUGGUGGUUUACGGGAAUUAGCGCCGAGCAUGGAUUUGAUAAGGUAUGUAGGGAAGUGGUUUCUGGAUUGUCUGUCAUGUGAUGGUUUUGUUGUCUUUUCGAUGGGCACCGGGCUUGGAGGUAGAUGAGAAGCCGAGGGUCGAAAAGGUCGAUGUACUCUUAUCUUUGAAAGUGCUGUUUAGCUUCUUUGCGAGAGGCUAUAGGGACUAAGUGGGAAAAUCUUAGUUUUAAGUGUAGUAGUGCUACAUACUUUGAUUCACGAGCAAAGAAAAACAUAAAUAAAGCCUCUACAGAUUCCUGGAAAACUAACAGUACCAGGUCGUUGACAAUGACGCGCCCAUGUUUCCCCGUCCCAACUUCUUCCAAGGAUCCCUCCUCAACUUUGCCGAAAAUCUCCUUUACCCCGCCAACCUUAGCAUCGAUCCUGAUUCUCCAGCCAUCAUUGCCGCCACAGAAUCCACUCGUUCCACUGUUUCAUGGGCGGAACUUCGAGAACAAGUUCGUAAAUGUACCAAUGCCCUACGAACACUCGGUGUUAAACCACAUGACCGAGUUGCUGGUUUCGUGGGAAAUCAUACCAAUACCGUUGUAGCUAUGCUUGCUGCUGCAUCUAUAGGAGCAAUCUGGACGGGUGUAAGUCCCGAUACAGGAGUCGCGGCCGUUUUGGAUCGAUUGGUGCAAAUUGAACCGGUGGUACUUUUUGCUGAUAAUGGGGUUGAGUAUAAUGGGAGAUUUCAUGAGAGUUUGAGUAAAGCACGUGAAAUUGUGAAGGAAUUAAAGGGGCUUAAACGAUUGAUUAUUUUUGAUACUGUGGAUUUACCAAUUGAGAUUGAAGGCUUUGACAUUGAUGGUGGAAAGGCCGAGACUUAUGAUGGGUUUUUGAAAAGGUAAGUUGGUUAAGAUCUCCUCUUCAUUUCAUCCCAAUACUUACAAAAGUCCAGCGCCGCUGAUCCAAAUGCUCCAUUAAAAUUCACACAACUUCCACCGGAUACACCAUUAUAUAUUCUCUACUCCUCAGGCACAACCGGAAAACCAAAAUGCAUCAUCCAUUCCUCCCUCGGUACCCUCAUCCAACACAAAAAAGAACACAUCCUCCACUGUGACAUACGUCCCGGUGAUCGUCUCUUCUAUUUCACUACAUGUACGUGGAUGAUGUGGCAUUGGCUCGUAUCAGGUUUAGCAUCUGGUACCACUAUAGUUCUUUACGACGGAUCACCCUUCAAACCGCAAUCCCAUCUCUCAAUGCCUCUCCUCAUCCAAGAAUUAGGAAUUACCCAUUUCGGCACCAGUGCCAAAUAUCUCUCCAUCCUCGAACAAAAUAGCAUCCUCCCCCUAAACGAAAACAUCAACCUCUCCACCCUUCGCGCAAUCUACUCGACUGGCUCCCCAUUAGCUCCCUCAACUUUCAAAUACAUCUACUCACCAGGUGCCUUCCCACCAUCCAUAAACCUCGGCUCCAUAACAGGCGGUACAGAUAUAAUUUCACUCUUCGGAGCCCCAUCCCCCCUCUCCCCCGUAUACACAGGAGAAAUCCAAGUCCGCGCCCUCGGCAUGUCCAUAACCGCCUACUCCCCCGAGGGCACGCCCAUCCCAGCCGGUUCAGCCGGCGAUCUCGUCUGCACCAAACCCUUCCCCAGCCAACCCACCACCUUUUUCUCUCGCGAAUCCGGAGCCGGCGAUAAAAAAUACCACGAAUCCUAUUUCCAACAAUUUCCAGGGGUAUGGCACCACGGAGAUUUCAUCAAAUUCUCCUCCGAUACAGGAGGUAUCUACAUGUUAGGACGCUCCGACGGAAUCCUCAAACCAUCAGGUGUACGAUUCGGUUCGGCAGAAAUAUACAACAUACUUCUUAAACACUUCAGCGAAGCAAUCGAAGACGCGCUCUGCAUUGGACGAAGACGUCCUACCGAUGAUGACGAAACCGUGGUCCUAUUUGUGAAAAUGACUCCUGGUCACAUCUUUGACAAGGAACUUCAGGAUAAUAUUAGGAAUGUCGUUAGGAAAGAAUUAAGCGCUAGACAUGUACCGGGGAUUAUUGAUGAGUGUUUUGAGAUUCCGGUCACGACGAAUGGGAAGAAGGUCGAGGUGGCAGUUAAACAGAUUUUGGGUGGGGUGGAUGUGAAGACUAGUGCUAGUGUGGCUAAUAGGGAGUGUUUGGAUUGGUAUCGGGAGUGGGCGGGGAGGUGUUAGGUCUGAGGUUUUUGGGAUUGGGGUUGGCGGUGGGAAGAAGAGUAG